UAUCGAUGCUCCGACACUGGCGUUUCCGUGCGAAUGGUCAUCAAAGAAGAAGACACAAUAACAACGCAAAAACUCCAUCGGGAGAAGAAAAACUGUUUUAAAAAGCACUUUAUUGCUAUUAAAAAUGGAAUCCAAGCGUGAGAGAAAGUCCUCAUUGCCACCACUUUCUCCAUGUCCCAUUUCCGAUAUUACGGAUGACGAACUGGUGACCAUUUCUGUGAGAGACCUCAAUCGGACCCUGAAGAUGCGUGGCCUCAACCGCGAAGAAAUCGUGCGGAUGAAGCAACGAAGGCGCACGUUGAAGAACCGCGGCUAUGCUGCCAGUUGCCGAAUCAAGAGAAUCGAACAAAAGGACGAGCUGGAGACGAAGAAAACAUCUGAAUGGACAGAGCUGGAGCAAAGGCACGAGGACAAUGAGUUGAUACGCAUCGAGGUCGGAAACUGGAAGAACAAAUACAAGGCCCUUCUCCACUUUGCCCAACAAAACGAUAUUCCCAUUCCGAGGGAGCUAGAGGGCUGCUGAAACCAAUCAAAGGACUCAUUCCCAAUCCUGUUUCAAUACAAAUUUGAAUACAACUUAGCCACAUCUACUGUAACAAUAGUACAAUAGCUGGAAACUUCACUUUACUACCUAUAAUAAAUAUUGAAUACGACGCA